AUGGUGGUGAACAAGCAAAGCUCCUACUCAACUCUUCCAAGCUUCAACAAUGCCAAAUCAAGAACAACCCUCCAUUGCUUCAACCAAGUAUGGAUCCUCCCUUGCUUCCUCACCUUCCUCAUCGCCAUCGCCUCUACCUACACACUCCUCUUCCCCAACAUCCACAAAAUCCUCCACCUCACCCCCACGGUCCCACCACACUGCAACGUCUUCGACGGCCAAUGGGUAGAGGACAACUCCUCCACCUACCCAAUCUACAACUCCACCGACUGCCCCUUCGCGGAGCGAGGGUUCAGCUGCUUGGAAAACGGGCGUAAGGACACGGCGUACAUCAACUGGCGGUGGAAGCCAAAGCAAUGCGACAUUCCAAGGUUCGAGGCUGGGAAAGCGCUGGAGAUGCUGAGAGGAAAACGGGUAGUGAUUGUCGGCGACUCACUCAGCCGUACACAAUGGGAGUCGUGGGUUUGUAUGCUGAUGGAAGGAGUGGAGAAUAAGGAGAGCGUUUAUGAAAUCAAUGGGAGUAAUAUCACUAAGACAAUUCGGCAUUUGGGAGUGAGGUUUAGGGACCAUAAUAUCAGCGUGGAUUUUUAUAGGUCCGUGUUUUUAAUGAAGAAGGAUUAUAAAGUGCCGGCGGGUGCACCGAACAAUGUGAGGAUGACGGUUAGAUUGGACGAAGUGGACGAUAUCCGUGACCAAUGGGUUGAUUCAGAUGUUUUGGUUUUCAACACUGGUGGUUGGUGGACUGAAAAUCGACUUUUCAACGAGAUGAGGUGCUUUUUUCAAAUAGGGGACUCAUUGGUGAUGGGAAUGUCUGUGAUUGAUGGGUAUAAGAUGGCGUUGAAUACGUGGGCUGAUUGGGCUGAGGCUAAUAUCAACCCGAAUAGGACAGCCGUUUUCUUCCGCACUAUUGAGUCUACUCAUUGGAGAGGGCCGAACCAAUGCGAUGUGAGUCGGGAGCCAUUGAAGGAGACGAACGGAAGAGAGAAGAGUGAAAAGUCAGACAUAAUAAUUGAAGUUUUGAGGAAGAGGAUGAAGAGGGUUCCGGUGAGAGUGAUGCAUUUAACGGCGAUGGGAUCGUAUAGAAGCGACGCUCAUGUGGGGAAUUGGGGAGACAAUCCAGGCAUGCAAGAUUGUGGUCAUUGGUGUCUUCCUGGCCUUCCCGAUAUUUGGAAUCAAAUUAUCUUCACUUAUUUUCUUCCUACAAUCUCCUCUUUUAAUUCCCACCACAAUUGA